UGCAUCUUUUCAACUAACUAAAUAUAACUGGGAUUCAAGAGAGCAUUCAAUAAAGAAUUUCUAUCCAUUUUUAAGGUACACAUUCAAAUUUUAUGAUAAAUCUAAUCACUAGUGAUAUUAUUACAUAUCAGAUUUUUUAUAUUGCAUCACUAUCAUAGAAUAUAUUAAUCUUUGUCAUAAUAUGCUUAGUUUUGAAAUUAUAUUGAUUUACUUAUAAGAUAUAAUACAUAUUCCCAAUUUGAUAUUUUGAAAGUUCUUUAAAUAGAAAAAUUAUAAUCGUUAAAGGCAUGUAAUUAUAUGUUUUAGAACAGUGUUUGUCCAUUUAUGUCGUGUUGCAUAAAUUUAAAUUUCAUUUUUCUAGUGGCUCACAUUAUUGUAUAGACUAAGGAAAUAAUUUUUCUUAAUCUCUUGAAAUAUUAAAUUUUCAAAGCAUUAAAUUAUAUAGAAGCAUUAAUUAAUUAUUUGCUUGCAAUUUUUGAGUUUAUAUUAGUUAAUGCAGCUUUUGUUUGAUUUCCCAGUUUAUAUAACAUAAUCUCAUUAUUGUUUGUUUAAAUAAAUUUUGGGAGUUCAAAUACUUAAAAUUGUUUGUAAUUAUAUGUUGUAAAAAAAUUAUGUUAGAUUCUUGGAAUUGAAUGUUGUUAUUCAUAUAUUAUUUUUGAAUUUACAGGAAUUGAUGUCAAAAGAGAUGGCUAAAAUAAAUCGAGAUGUGCUAAUGCUAAGAGAAGAUCAGGCUCCUAAAGUUGGAGCAAGCUUGAGCCAAUCUGAACCAAGGAAGAUUUCAAUGGUUGGCAUUAAACCUCACAUACCUGACUUAAAUGUGAAACCUUGUUCUGAUUCCGACGAGGAAGAAAAAGGAGAAAUUGGAAAAGCAUUUCAGAAUCUUGCAGGUUUAAAAACUCAUGAUGCCUGUUAUGUUGAUCAUAAACUUUUGUACGAGCUUGAGGUCGAGAUCAUUGCUCGUCUGCCAUGCUUUGAAUACUGGAAACUGCAGUUUCUUAACAAGAAAUUCUUGCAGUUAUUAAAGAGCUGUGAAAUUUUCAGGGUGAGACAAGAAAGGGGACUUGUGAAACCCUAUGUGAUUUUGCAUUCAGGAGCUGUAUCUAAUUGGGAAAUGUUUGAUAAGGAUUUUAAAACCUUUCGGAGACUUCCUAAAAUUCCUUCUUCUGACUAUUGCUUUUUCUACAGCGGUAAGGAAACAGUUAGUGUGGGUACUCAACUAAUUGUCAUAGGGAAAGAAAGAGAUGAAAUUGUGGUGUUUUGUUAUGAGCUAGAGAAUCAUAAGUGGUUCAAAGGUCCUUCAAUGAUCACACCGAGGGCCAUGUACGGUUCUGCGAGCCACGGUAAAACCGCAUUUUUUGCAGGAGGCAUUAAAAUGGAUGAAAAUGGAAACCAUGUUGUUGUGCAAACUGUAGAAAAAUAUAAUGCUGAUACAAAAAGGUGGACUAUGAUUAAUGGAAUGCAUAAAACAAGGAAGUUCAGCUCGGAAUGUUUCUUGCGUGGAAAAUUUUACGUCCUCGGUGGCCGAGAUGAUAAUGAUAAACACCUCACUUGUGGAGAAAGUUAUGAUGAGACGACAGAUUCUUGGGAGUUGAUACCUGACAUGCUAAAAGACAUGACAGUCAUUGCGCAUUCCCAAUCUCCGCCCCUUAUUGCUGUGGUUGAUGACAAUCUAUACAUGUUAGAAAUAUCUUUGAGCGAGCUUCGGGUAUAUGAUAUAAACACAAAUAUUUGGAAGAAAGUUGGUGUUGUCCCUGUGAGCGCAAACGCUGCCUUCGGUUGGGGGAUUGCGUUUAAAUCGAUGGGAGACAGACUUCUGGUGAUUGGAACUUCUCACUCUUGGCAUAGGAAGACAGUAGUUCACUCAUGCCGUCCUUCUCCAGACGUGGAAGAGCAGCACUGGGAAGAAAUAAAACAUUGGUGUGUUGGUGCUGAGCUCCCACAGUUUAUUCAUAACUGUUGUGUGAUGUUUGCUUAAAGUUUUUUCCAAGGAAAGCUUGGAAACUUAUUAAUUUGUUUUUGCAUUUGUGCUUAAAGUUGUUGCAUUUGGUUUUAAGUUGUUUGGUUUGUGUUUUUCUGAUUUUUUUUGUUUUUCAUUUGGGAUAAAAAUGUUGUUGUUUUUCGCUUGUUUUAAGUGCUUAUGUUUGUGAAAAAAUACUAAUGUUGUCUAUGUAAUGGUUAUUUAUUUAUUUUGGUUUUUCUUUUUCCCUCUUCAGCCAUAAAUGUCAUGUUCAGUUAAAAUCGCCAUCUGGUUUCAGUUUAUUUUCCAAAAUUUUAGGUUUGUAAAAGUUAUAACACAUUAAAAUCGUAUCUUAAUUUAUUUUUUUAGUUCGGAUAACUAGAAGUUUAAGGUCAUUUGGCUUUUCAACCAUAAACCAUGGCUGUAUCUAUUUUUAUUUAAAAAUUCCUUAUUUAAUUUUAUAUGGUUACAUAAUGGAUUUUCUAUAAGAUUUUACUAAAAUAGGGAAUAAAGUAAUUUAGUUUUGGUAAUUUUAAUAUAUCAUUUUAUCGUAUUUUGUGUAAAUCCAAUAUUUAUUAUUUACACAGAGGUGCGGAAAAAUAAUAGAGUUGUAAAUAGUUAGAAAUAAAAAAACAACAUUUAUAAAUAUGUGCAUAUUUAUCUACAAAUAAUAAUAAGGAUAGGGUUGUUAUUUCUUAAUAUUAUUACAUGUCAGUUCGAUAUUAGCGGCUUGAUCUCUGUAACUAUUUAUUAGAUCAUCUCAAUUUCAAAACUCUUUAUUGUUUAUCCAAGAUCAAUGAUUUGAGUUCGCAAUAUUUUAUUUCCUUGAAGCCGAUUUAAAGAAUCUCUGAAGCUAUAGGAGAAUCGAAUUUUUCUUCUGAGAAGUGAACAUUGUAAGCUACUUAAAAGGUACCGGAGAAACAAUAAAAUAUAUGUUGCAUUGUAACAUAAAUUCAUUUCUUUAUAUUCUCAGAGUAGCCAAAUACAGUUUGGUUCGAAUCAGGUUAAUCAUAGGGUAUUAAAUUAAUACUCGACUUUCGAUUUAUAAAUUUAAUGUGUUAUAUACACAAAUAGACUUUGAUCGAAGAAAAUAUACAAACUGGACUUUCAUUAUAGAAUGAAAGUUAUCUUUUAAAUCAUUUUAUUUCGCAUGUAUCAACUUUGUUAUUUAUUGUUCUUUAAUAAUGCAUACAUAUUUUUUUUAUAAAUUGCAAUGAAAUAAAAUAACUAAUUUAAUUUAAAGCCAAAAAGUAUUCAAAACAUUUCUUUAAAAACCUAAUAAAUAUUCUCAAAAAAUUAACAAAAACUUACUCAAAAACUUCAAACAAUCACUAAUUUAAAUGGAUGAAAAUGGGACCCCUGUUGUUGUGCAAACUGUAGAAAAGUAUAAUGCUGAUACAAAAAUGUGGAUGAUGAUUCAUGGAAUGCAUAAAGCAAGGAAGUUCAACUCAGGAUGUUUCUUGUGUGAAAAAUUUUAUGUCCUCGGCGGGCGAGAUGAUAAUGAUAAACACCUUACUUGUGGAGAAAGGUAUGAUGAGGCGACAAAUUCUUGGGAGUUUAUACCUGACAUGCUAAAAUACAUGACAUUCAUUGCGCCUUCCCAAUCUCCGCCCCUUAUUGAUGUGGUUGAUGACAAUCUAUACUUGUUAAAAACAUCUUUGAUGAGCUUCGGGUAUAUGAUAUAAACACAAAUAUUUGAAAGAAACUUGGUGUUGUCCCUGUAAGCUAUAAAUGUCACCUAGUCAUGAUGAGUUAAAGUCUCUAUAUGGUUUUUCAGUUAAUCUUUCCAAAAAAUUUGGUUUACAAAAGUUAUAUACCAGAUUAAAAUAAUAUCUAAUUUCAUUUGCUUGGUUUGGAUAUAUAGAGUUUCAGGUUAUUUGGUUUAUAACCAUAAACCAUGGUAGUUUCUGUUCUUAUAGAACAUUGCCUAUUUUAUUUAAUAUGAUUAGAUGAUGGAUUUUCUAAAUGAUUUUACUACAACAUCGAAUAAAGUAAUUUACUUUUGGUAAUUUUGAUAUAUCAUUGUAUUGUAUUUUGUGUGAACCAUAUUGUUUUAUUUACAAAGAGGAGUGGCAAAAUAAUGGAGUUAUAAAUAAUUAAAAAUAAAAAAAGCAACACUUAUAAAGGUGUUCUUAUUUAUCUAUAAAUAAUAAUAAGAAUAAGAUUGUUAAUCUUUUUAAUAUUACUUGUCAGUUUGAUAUUAGCAGCUUGAUCUCCGUAACUAGUUACUAGAUAAUCUCAAUUUUUAAAAGUCAUAAUCGUUUAUCCAUGAUCAACGAUUUGACUUCACUAUAUAUUUUCUUUCCUUGAAGGCGAUUUAGGGCAGUCUCUGAAGCUAUAGAAGUAUCAGAUUUUAUUCUUCUGAGAAGUGAAUAUUGUGAGCUACUUAAAAGGUUAACAGAAAACAGUAAAUAUCUAUUGCAUUGUAACAUAAAUACAUUUCUUUAUAUUUUGAGAGUAACCACCACUGAUAUCGAACUUGUACUUGUACACAUGGAAGUGUUUCCAAAUAUGUGCUUUGAAUUUCAGAGAGAGAGAAAUAUUUAUUGAUGAAGGUAGUGAAUUAAGGAGUUUAAUGUCAAAGAGGGAGUUUCUUGAAAAUGAAGUUUGAACGUAGAAGAAAAGAAGAUAUAUGUGAAUAACUUGAAAGAUAAAAUAAUAAUGUAUUGUCUGAUUUUCUAGAAUAAUGAUGACAUUUAGGCCAUUGAAUUGGAUUGUAAGUAUUGAAGUUUAGCCAUUGGCUCACAAUCCCGUAUAUAUUAAUUGAACAUCAUUUAAAAAGUUGUACUAAUUAAAAAAAGACUUUAUUUAAAUGUUAUUUAAUUAAGAUAUCAAUUUAGCUUACAUGGUAUCUUAAGAAUCAAUUGAAAAAAAAAUGCUGGUCCAAAUUCAAUUACUAUAGAACAUUAUAUUAACCCAAAAUAUAAGAAGCGUAUAUUUUUUCUUUAAGUAAAAGCUACAAAAUUACCUAAUAUGAUUAACAUAUAUGUGGUAAUUAAUGACUAUAAAUAAUAAAGAUUUGUUAACAAUUUUUGCAUCUUUCUUCAUUUUUUUUUAAUUUUAUAUUAUUAAAAGAUUAAACAAUCACUUUAACCAUAUAAUAAAAAAUUAGAUUUUUUUCUUAUAUGUUAUAUUUUGAAUUUUUUUAAAUGACUUUAAAUUACAAAAAUGGAGAAACCUUAUAUGUUAUAUUUUAAUUUUUUUAAACGACUUUAAAUUACAAAAAUGAGGCAACCGUACAUGUUAUAUUUUUCUUAUAUGUUAGAUUUUUCUUAUAUGUUAUAUUUUGAUUUUCUUUAAACGACUGUAAAUUACAAAAAUGUAAGUUUUACUUAAACAUACGACUAAAAGCAUUAAAAUGACAUGUAUUAAUUCGAUGGUUGAUCUGAAACUUUUCAAAACCAUAUGGAAGAUAAAUGUCAAAAUAAUUAAACUCUGUUUAUUAUUUUCAAAAUGUGUUUGGUGGAAAAAAAUAAAGUUUUUGUGUCAUAAUUUGUUUUAUGUCCAAUCCGAUCAAUCCAUGAUAUAUUAACUAUAAUUUAGUUCCACAAUUUUUAAUAAAAAUUGAUCCGGUCCAUCGGAAAAAAUUAUAUAAUAACAACAAAAAACAUUGUAUAUGUAUAA